UGUUCGUAAAUUAUGCUUUAGUAAUUUACAUUCUUUAGAGAAUUUCUAUAAAAUGUAAAAACAAGUAAAUACAAAUUGACAUCAAUAGUAACCUCUAAGUCAUUACAUGUAUUCCGAUAUGAAUCCCAAAAUUUGUGUUAUUUGUCGUAAUUCAAAACCUGUUAACCAGACGGACAAUCGUUUAGUAACUGAAAAUUGCGGUCACGUAAAAUGUAUGAAUUGUCUGCUGCUUGAAAAAUCUGGUUGCGUAGCCUGCUUGAGAGAGGGAAGUGAUCAAGAGUCAGGUGAAGCACCAACAGACUCCAAGGAAUUGGUUAAAAAGAAAAAACCGGAGACAUCACAUGUAAGAAUAGUAACAGUUGAAAAUGAGAAAUUUUAUGAAUGCACAGUGUGUGAGAAGAGAUUUCAUGCCCGCAGCCAAGUUGCCUACCAUGCAUAUUGUAAUGGACAGAGAAAGCCCUACCAAUGUCCGGAAUGUAACAAGAGCUUUGCUACCCACUCCCACUUCAAGUACCACAUGCGAGUGCACCGCAAUGAAAGGACAUAUGCCUGUGAUGUGUGCGGUGACAGUUUCUUCCAAAUGUCUAAGCUGCAACGUCACAAAUUGAAGCACACUAAAGAGAAAAAAUAUGCGUGUACAGUUUGUAACAAAGGUUUCAACAAUUUGACAUCAUUGCGCAAGCACAGCCUGACUCACACGGAGGAGAGACCGUAUCAAUGUAGCGCUUGCGGACGACGCUUCAGAGAUGGCUCCAAUUAUAGGAAACAUGUUGCCAAACAUGAGACAGUGAAGAAGUGUGGUUGUGAAGGAUGUGGUGGUUCGGGAGCUUGCUGUGUGCAGCCGGCGGCGGCGCGGGCGCUGCGCUCACACCAGUGCCCGCGCUGUCCUCAAGCCUUUCACUCCGGCAAGGACAUGCGAAGACACGCCGCCGUGCACUCCGAUUCGAAACCGUUUCGCUGCAAAGUAUGCAACAGACGCUUCAGAAGGAAGGACAAUCUGGAGCGUCACAUUAGGAAUACCCACCCCGAGUACGUUCCCGCCACCGCCGUCGAAUGCGACGAGGGCGCCCUCAAACAAGUCGCAAACACGAACGGACAAAGUGAACAACAUAUAGACAAGAAUGGAGCGACAGAAAUAAAUAAACUAGAAAUACUCGAACAACUACCAAUUUUAACACAAGAAGUCAUAGAAAAACAUAUGUAUAUCGAAGUUGAUAUUGAUACAAAAGAUUGUAAAGAUAAAAAACAAACCGAUAAAGAAUUUAUAGAUAAAUCGUACAUUCUAGAAGCAAAUAAUGCAAGAGAAAGUGUUAUUGUUGAGAAGAGGAAUACUGAUUGUGAGAAGAAAGCGGCCAGUCCCGCUCCGGAGUAUGGCUACGUACAUAAGAUACGUCGAGCUAACUUGAUGAGGACUUCCAAAGAGAUCCCACUCCCGCCGAUAGACGAGCAGAAGAUGAUGAAGUUGAAAGAGAACAGUGACUUGAAUGAGUUCCAUUCGAGGCCGCCCAUAAAGAAUGUGGAGCUCUACAAAAUGAUACUGACCAACGACAAACAAAUGUUGAGCCAAGUGUCACCGGGUGCGGAUACGGAGGCAUAAAAUAUAAAGGAUAUGAUUGGAACUAAAGGCUGAAUGUGGUGAUUUUAUGCGUGAGACGGAUACAGGAAUUACUGAUAUGAGAAAUUAAUUAAAUCGUUUAUUUUAAACGUAAAAUAUCAUUGAAAUGGUAUACU